CCAAGCAACCGUCGGUGAGGGAUGAUGGAGCCACCGUAUCACAGAUAGAAUGGUUUUCCAUUGAAGUCCCAGGCGCAGACGCAGACUCACACUGUCAAAAGCAAAAGCUGAAUCCGCUUUCGGUGAUGGAGAUUGAGAACGAGUGUUACUUUGCAGUAUUAGACUCUUCUAUCUAUUGUAUUAGCAGUCAUCGCUAUCGUGAUCGGGUUCAGAUUUUCGACCUUACCGGUGGUGAUAUUGAUGGUUGGCAGCCUGGUACUCCAUCGAUUGUUAGUAGAGUCGGGCCACACAAGUUCGUCGUCGACGGAAAGUUGUACAUUUUAGGUGGUUUACGGGAAGUUGAGUCUCCCUGGAUGGAAGUUUUAGAUCCUAAAAUAGGAGUGUGGAAACCGUUACCCAAUCCUCCAGUGGAGAUUGGCAAUCAUAGUCGGAAUGUUGUCGCUCUUCUUCUUAAGCCCAAGAAGCAGAUUCUUGUCAGUUCAUUCCUUAGUCAACGUACUCCUGACGAUCGUCCUCUUGAAUGCCGUUUCCUCACAUACAACAUCGAUGAUCAGUCUUGGGAACCAGUCGACACUUCCGUGUCCAUCUGCAAUCUACCUCCUCUUUGUGGUUCCAGUCAGAGGACUAAUACUGCUUUAGCAGAUGGUGAUACUCUCUAUUGGGCUUCCUUCGAUCAGUUAGCUAGACAUGAAUUGGUUAUACACGCUUACAAUCUGAUUACUGAUGAGUGGUUCGAGGGCUAUCUCAACACUUGCUAUGAAAUUUUUGGGAAGAACGAAUUACUAGCUGAUCCUCAUCCUCACGGUCUUCUCCAUUUAGGUCAUAGUAAAUUCUGUCUUCUCUUGCAGUCCUCCUUCAUUCCUCAGAGGCAGAGGCGAGGUGAAAAGCGCAUUGAAAUUCCUUACUUGUAUUGUGUCACAAUUGUUGUUUCUAAAAUAUCUAACAUGGACCCAGACAAAGAAGGUUUCAAGGACUUGAAUAUUUCGGUUGUGGCCACCGACAAGUAUCCCAUGGAUCGCAGCAUAGAUAUCUUGGAUGCUCAGUUGCUGGAUCACUGCUCUUAUACAUCAAAGCGGAAGAAACCAAAGUAUUCAUAAGAUAAUUUUCUGAUGGUGGUUCUCUUCCUUUUGAGGAACAGAAAUUGCACAAAUGAAGAUUGGAUGAGAUUGAGGAAGACGUUAGGAAUUUGAACAUCAACAAGGAGUCUAUGCGUGGUACUCCUGCACUCUCUUUUGGUUGCUCCAACUUGAUCAAAUGUGAUGCUUAGCAUUUGACGAGUUUUAUGGAACUUAUAAUUUAGUUGAACUGUGUUCGGUUGAAUUAUGAAACUUCAUUUGGGAUGUCAUAUUUAUAAAGGACUUUCUAGAUUGUAUGUUAUAAGCACUUUCAUGUAAUUAUGAACUUUUGGAUUGUAUGCUUUAAGUUGAACUUCGUAUUUUUCAAUUUUUAUGGUAGUUAAACGUGAGCUGAGCCAUGCUAUGUGUUUAUUAUUGUCAUAUUCUUAUGGGUUGGUUACACUCUUGAAUAUGCUUGUUAACUCACCUAUAUGAGUUUAUUUUCAUAU